GUAUGGCCUAUGCCUUGCUGGCAUCUGUUCCUCCAGUAUUUGGCCUGUACUCAUCCUUCUACCCAGUCCUUAUCUACUUCAUCUUUGGCACAUCCAAACACAUCUCAGUUGGAACAUAUGCAGUGAUGAGCGUGAUGAUAGGAGGAGUGACUGAGCGACUGGCCCCAGACUCAAACUUUAUGACAUGGGACAAUGUGACCAACACCAGUAUAAUCGACACAGUUGCCCGUGAUGAAGAAAGGGUCCGAGUGGCUGCAGCUGUCACAUUUAUAUCUGGAUUAUUUCAAAUUCUACUCGGUCUGGUCCAGUUUGGUUUUGUGGUAACCUACUUGUCUGAGCCACUGGUGCGAGGUUAUACCACAGGAGCUGCUAUCCAUGUCAUCGUGUCCCAGCUCAAAUACACCUUUGGCGUUAACCCUGUGAGACAUAACGGACCUUUAUCCAUGAUAUAUACUGUAUUGGAGAUAUGCUAUCUCCUCCCAGAGUCAAACAUCGGCACUGUUGUGACCAGUGUUAUUACCAUACUCGGCCUUAUCGCUGCUAAGGAGUUCAAUGCAUUUUUGGGCAAGAAAAUACCCGUUCCUAUACCCGUGGAGCUGAUUGCUAUCAUUAUAGCUACAGUUAUCUCAUGGCAAUUUAACCUGCAGCAGAAAUAUGGAGUGGAUGUAGUGGGAGUUAUUCCCUCAGGUCUCCAGCCACCUGUUUUCCCAGACACCUCUAUCUUUGGUCAAGUGAUCGGUGAUGGCUUUGCUCUGUCUGUGGUUGGCUACGGCAUUGCCAUCUCUCUGGGACGAAUCUUUGCCCUAAAAUAUGGAUACAAGGUUGACAGCAACCAGGAACUAAUUGCUCUGGGUCUGAGUAACUCCAUUGGAGGAAUUUUUCAGUGUUUUACUGUCAGCUGCUCCAUGUCUCGCACUAUGGUUCAGGAAAGUGCAGGGGGCAAAACUCAGGUUGCUGGGGCUCUGUCAGCAGUAGUGAUCCUUUUUAUCACGUUGUGGAUUGGAUCACUCUUUGAAGAUCUGCCCAAGUCGGUCUUGGCUGCCAUCAUCCAUGUCAACCUCCAUAGCAUGAUGAAGCAGUUCUUGGACAUCCCCGCUUUGUGGAAAACCAACAGAGUGGAUAUGCUGGUCUGGGUGGCCACCUUCAUCCUCACCUUGCUGUUAAACCCUGACAUAGGACUGGCUGCAUCCAUUGGUUUCUCCUUGCUUACUGUCAUCUUCAGGACACAGCUACCUAAAUAUUCCAUACUAGGGCGGGUCCCUGAAACUGACAUUUACAAGCCACUGGACGAAUACCAUCAGGUGAGGCGAGUGCCAGGGAUUUUGAUCUUUCGUUCCUCUGCCACCCUCUACUUUGCCAAUGCUGAGAUGUACCAGGAAGCCUUGAACUCAAAGUCUGGCUUUGACAUUACAAAGCUCCUGUCAGCAAAGAAAAAACUGGAAGCCAAAAAGAAGAGACACGAGAAAAAAGAAGCCAAGAGAGUCAUAAAAGAGCUCAAGAAUAAUGGGGUUGACGUGAACAGGGAGCCAAACAUGGAGGAGCAGAACCAUGUGUCCGUCAUUGAAGUAGAUGCUGAGCGGGACCCCUCACUCCCAGGAGCCAUUGUUCUCGACCUUGGCCCUGUCAACUUCCUGGACACUGUGGGGGUCAAGACACUACGAAGUAUUCGGAGAGACUACGGAGAAAUUGGAGUGGAGGUGGUUCUUGCUGGUUGCCAAAGCGGUGUGGUGGAUAACCUGCAGACCGCAGGUUUCUUUAACGACAAAGUAACAAAGUCUUGUCUCUUCACCACCGUCCACGACGCUGUUCUGUACUGUCAGUCUGCCAUAACACAGAGCCAAAGCAUGGAAUAUGAGGAGAUUGCUGCAACACAUUUUUGAGUCCACAGAGGAAUCAAUGUGAUAUUAUAAAGAAGUGACAGACACUCUGUCUGUUGGAGGAG